AUGGGCAACCUGCCACCUUGUAGAUCUCAACAAGGUUACUGUUUUCAACAGGUAGGGAUCGACUUUGGCGGUCCUUUUCUUAUAAAAGAAAACAGACGACGUAACGCACGGGUCAGUAAGGCUUACAUAUGCUUGUUCAUUUGCUUAUCUGUAAAAGCAGUUCAUUUAGAACUCUUAUCUGAACUGUCUACAGAAGCGUUUCUAGCCGCCCUAGACAGGUUCGUGUCUCGACGUGGAAUAUGUCAACAUAUUGUGACAGAUUGUGGCACUAACUUUGUAGGCGCUAAAAGAUAUCUUGAGGAAAUGGUUAAAUUAUUGAUAGAUAAAAAACAGGAUAUUUCUGAUCAAUUAACGUCUCGUGGAAUCUCUUGGAAACUAAAUCCACCAUCAGCACCUCACUUUGGAGGCAUUUUUGAAAGUGGUAUAAAAUGUACUAAAUAUUAUCUCAAGAGGGUCAUAGGCUCACAAGUCCUGACGUUUGAAGAACUAACUACAGUUUUAACUAAAGUUGAAGCGAUGCUGAACUCAAGACCGAUUUGUCAGUUAUCGUCUGAUCCUGGCGAAGUUGAUGUUCUCACGGCCGGUCAUUUUAUUAUAGGACGUCCUUUAGUCGCUCUACCAGAACCGUCUGUUGAAGAUAUAAAUCCUAGAACACGCUGGCAGUUACUUCAAAAGCUCUCUCAAAGUUUUUGGCGUAUUUGGCAAAAUGAUUAUUUACAUACGCUCCAACAAAAGGUUAAGUGGUUUAAGGAUGAUCACAAACAUCCUAAUAUUGGUCAACACGUUUCAAUCAUUGAACCUAAUCUACCACCUAAUGAAUGGCGCCUAGGUCUAGUAGUCCAAAUCCACCCCGGAAAGGACAAUAUUAUCCGGGUUGUGACUUUAAAGACUAAAAGAGGCUUACUUACAAGACCAGUAGUCAAAGUCUGCCCUCUUCCUCUUGAUUGA